UGUGGUAUUAGUAGUGCUACUCGAGAUUUCAAGUGAACAGCCUCAAUGAUUUGUACGUGAUAAUAAACAGAAACAGGCGUCAUGAAGACGUCGUCUACUAAAUACCAUGGUAAUGGUAGUAGCCAUGGUGAAUCAUCGUCAUCGACAACCAAAACACAUCGAAGACGAGACAGCCAUGAAAAAUCUAACUACGAGGAAGUAGGUGUGAUUGGAAACGGGGCGUAUGGAACUGUGUAUAAAGGUCGUGACCUCAAAAAUGACGGAAAAUUUGUGGCAAUUAAAAAAAUUCGAAUUCAGAACACGGAGGAAGGAAUGCCGAUGAGUGCGAUUAGAGAAACUUCGUUAUUAAAACAACUAGAAAAAUUUGAACAUCCCAACAUUGUUAGGUUACUGGAUGUUCUACACAAUCAGUUAACAGAAACAGAAAUACGAUUAUUGUUAGUGUUUGAAUAUAUCGACCAGGAUCUCGCUACUUAUCUCGAGAGAUGUUCGUCCCCAGGGCUGGGACCAGAUAGAAUCAGGGAUCUGAUGUUACAGUUAUUAAACGGUGUUGAUUUUCUCCACGCCCAUCGUAUUGUACAUCGUGACUUAAAACCACAAAAUAUUCUCAUUACGAGUCAAGGUCGUCUGAAACUUGCCGAUUUCGGUCUGGCCAGAAUUUAUAGUUUUCACAUGCAGUUAACAUCAGUGGUGGUGACACUAUGGUACAGAGCACCAGAAGUUUUAUUACAGGGACAAUACGCCACGCCUGUAGACUUGUGGAGCUGUGGAUGUAUUCUAGCUGAACUCUAUAACAGAAGACCGUUAUUAUGUGGGCAGUCUGAUGUUGAACAACUUCGUAAAAUAUUUGAAUUAAUAGGAUUACCGUCAGAAGAAGAAUGGCCAGAGAAUGUUUCGUUACCACGGGAAUCAUUCCGAUCACGUCCACCACAACCUCUAGAGAAAUACGUCCCAGAAAUUGAUCCUAUUGGCAAGGAUUUAUUAGAGAAAUUAUUAUGUUUUAAUCCUCAUCGAAGAAUUAGCGCACGAGAAGCCCUGAAUCAUCGUUAUUUCCGUGACGAUAUAGACAGUUUCCGUACCUCCAGUUCAUUAUCCACGUCAGAGACUGACUCCUUCGAUACAGACGGUAGAUCAGAUACUCCAGUUAGUAAAUAG